UACAGUACGUUUGUUUAACCUCUACUGACGUGGGAUUAGUACUAGUGUAAAAUCCUUUUAAGGGUUGGUUGCGUUUCCUCCCUCCGCCUCCAGCCCAGCAAAUACUCUCCGGCGGUUUCAACCGCCGCCGACGCUGCCGUUGUUCAAAAUGCUUAGCUCCAAAAAUCUAUGGCUCAAGUCUAGAUCGAAGAAAUCGAAACAAUCCCGUCUAACCCAUUCCAAGAGGCCGAACUCAAUCAGAAAGAAACCAAAACUUGAAUUAAAAAAUCAAGCAACAGCCUUGGCACCAACAGAAGACGAAGAAUACGAGCAAACUGAAGAAGGUAUAUUCAGCUUGAAAAACUCGGCUCAAUCCCACUCACACGGCGUCCAACCAUUGGGUAAUCUCUACUUCAGCUCCUCGUCCAUCAACUCAAGGAACACAGGCCUAGGUAAUCUCCAAAUCCUCACAGAUGAGCUCGUUCUUGAGAUUCUUGCAUUUCUCAGUGGGGCCCAAUUGGGGGUUUUAUCAACUGUGAGCAAAUCUUUCUAUGUUUUCUGCAAUCAAGAGCCUCUUUGGAGGAAUCUUGUGCUGGAUACUUGUCAAAAUGGAUUCUUGUACAAUGGGACUUGGAAAAACACUUUUGUUAGUGCUUAUAGAUGCUCGUUCAUGAUUGUCAGCAGUGGGGUUAGAAUUAGGGACUUUUAUUCUGAUUACUUGUUUCAGAGUUGGCUGUGUGCUAAUCUUGAGAUGAAAUCUGAGUGGCUUGAGAGGGAUAACAUAGUGAGGAGAAGGGGAAUUUCUGUUGAUGAAUUUAUAUCGAGCUUUGAGGAGCCGAAUAAGCCGGUGUUGUUGGAAGGUUGUCUGGGGAAAUGGCCUGCAAUGAAGAAAUGGGAUAGAGAGUAUCUGGUUGAAGUUUGUGGUGAUACUGAGUUCUCGGUUGGGCCGGUGCAGAUGAAGCUCGAGGACUACUUUAGGUACUCAGAUCAAGUGAAGGAGGAACGGCCAUUGUAUCUCUUCGACCCUAAGUUUGGUGAGAAAGUUCCUCAGUUGGGGAUGGAUUAUGAGGUUCCUGAGUAUUUCAGUGAGGAUCUUUUUAGUGUUUUGGGAAGUGAGAGGCCGGACUAUAGAUGGAUUAUAAUAGGGCCGGCAGGGUCUGGAUCGUCUUUCCACAUUGAUCCUAACUCGACCUCUGCUUGGAACGCAGUGGUAAGAGGUUCCAAGAAGUGGGUGCUGUUUCCUCCUGAUGUGGUGCCUCCUGGGGUGCAUCCGAGCCCGGAUGGUGCAGAGGUUGCUUGCCCUGUUUCCAUAAUUGAGUGGUUUAUGAACUUCUACAAUGCUACGAAAACUUGGGCAAAGAGGCCCGUUGAAUGCAUUUGUAAAGCAGGAGAAGUCAUAUUUGUGCCAAAUGGAUGGUGGCAUCUGGUUAUUAACCUCCAAGAUUCUGUGGCCAUCACACAAAAUUUUGCUAGCAGGAGGAAUUUAUUGAACGUUUUAGAUUUUCUAAAGAGGCCUAAUGCAAGCACUCUUGUGUCGGGCACGAGAGAUAGAGUUAAUUUGCACGAGAAAUUCAAGAAUGCUAUCGAAAGGGCGCUGCCGGGAACCAUAGAUGAGCUGAAACUGAAAGCAGAGGAGAAGUCGAAGAAACUUUCUUUCUGGGAGUCUGUUGCUGAUUCCAAGGUGGGUGCCUUCAAGUUCUCCUUUUAAAAGGAGUUUAUUUCUUUCCUUGCAAGCAUAGGCGUAUCCUUGCAUCUUCAUUUCAUUUAUGAAAACCAGUUUUGUUGAGAGAUUAAACAUUGAUUUCAUCUCAUGAUAGUCACCUCACAUUCACUAUUUA